CCCUGUUUCAAUCGAUCCAUUCAUCUCGUCUCCCUCAUCGCAAACCCACGCACACAGAGAGACAGCCAGAGGGAGAGGAACCUAGGGUUCCGCCGCCGCAAGAGCCGCUGCCGCGGCCUCCACUCGCCGUCGCCUCCUGCACUCACCGUCGCCCGCCGCCGCCUCCUCCACUCGCCGUCGCCCGCCGCCGCCUCCACUCGUCCUCGCCCACCGCAAGAGACGCCACCGCCGCGGCAAGAGCCGCCGCCGCCUCCACUCGCCGUCUUCGCCGGUCCCCUUCACCGGCCAACGCCUGCACUCGCCUUCUCAUCCACCGCCGGAGAACGACGCCCACUCCCUCGAGCAACGAUGUCGUCGUCGAUUGGGAUGGAGAAGGCAGCGAAUAAGGCAGCGAAGAAGGCAGCGAAGAAGGUAGACAAGACAGACAAGGCAAUUUGGGAUGCAUACCAUACUAGGGUAUUUUGCGAGUUGUGUGCGAGGGAAGUUGAAGCAGGCAAUAGGCCGGGGGCGUUCUUGAGUCCUAGAGGAUAUAAGAAUUUGGGGGAGAGCUGGUUGCAGAUAACUAAGAAAAGUUAUGUGAGGAUGCAAUUCAAGAAUAGAUGGGAAAAUCUCAAAACUAUGUAUUGUCAAUGGAAACAACUGCAAAUUGACGCAUCUGGACUUGGAUGGAAUGCUAAGCUAGGAACCAUUGAUGCUGAUACUGAUUGGUGGAACACUCACCUAAUAAAAAACCCGGAGCAUGCAAAGUAUAGGAAUGGAGGACCACCCAACUUGGCUGAAAUGGACCUCAUGUUUGAUGACCGUCAUGUCACCGGUGCCGAGUCAGCUAUCCCCGGUGAGAUACCAUUGGACAAGGAGGAUGUUAGUGAUGACACUGAUAGUGCAGAGGAUGAUGAUGAAGUCAUCAAAGCAAAACCAAAGAAGCAGCGAAAGACCAAGUCCUGUAAAGAUGAUUUUUCUGCUCAAGAUGAGAAGAACCCAUUUGUUCGGAUGUACAAGAAGGCUAGUGAUGCGAUAUGUGUAACGGCUGAAAGUAUAAAAGAAGCAUCUAGCUCCAGCAUGGCCCGUCCUCCCCCUCCUUUGGUUGCUCCUCCCCCUCCUCCGGUUGGCCCUAGUAUGAAUGAGGCAAUGGAGAUGGUUCGUGAAUGUGGAGUUGAGGAAGGAACUCCUCUCUUUUUCUCUUCAAGCAUGCUAUUUAUGAAGGCUGAGUAUCGAGAAAUGUUUGCAUCGGUUCAGACCAAGGAAGGAAGACUGAUGGAAUUGACGGCGGAGGUGGUGACGAUGAUGAUGCUAACAUAAAGACAGUACAGCUUCAAAACUUGCUCAAGUUAAGUACUGAUCUUGCAACCUUGGGUCAAAUGGCUAUGCACUACAGCAAAACUUGUUUGAAUAAGCAACGUAGGCAGCCUAGGAGGAUUGCAGUACAAACUGGUCAUGAAUGGGUCAUGGAAAAGUUGGCACGUCCUAAAUCUUGCUACAAAAUGUUUAGAAUGUAUCCAGAUGUUUUCUUGAGUUUGCAUGGUCUUUUAGUGAGUGACUACCAUUUGGAGUCAACUAGCGAGAUGAACUCAUUGGAAAGUCUAGGCAUGUUCUUGUGGAUGCUUGGAGGCCCUCAAUCGUUUCGCCAGGCCGAAGAUCGGUUUGUUCGGUCAACUGAAACAAUCCAUAGGAAGUUCAAUCAUGUCUUGCACUGUGUAAAUUCUCUAGGAGGAGACAUCAUCAAACCUAGAGAUCCUACAUUCGCAGAUGUGCAUCCAAAAAUUAGGGACAAACGUUUCUGGCCUCACUUCAAAGGUUGUAUUGGUGCAAUUGAUGGAACUCACAUUCCCGUUAUAGUUCCCGCUAAAGAGACCUGCAACUAUAUGGGUCGACAUAGUUACACAAGUCAAAAUGUGUUGGCAGUUUGUGACUUUGACAUGAGAUUUACCUUUGUCGUUGCCGGUUGGGCGGGGUCGGUACAUGACACACGGAUUUUCCACCACAGUAUAUUGAAGUAUGCUGCUACUUAUCCUGCACCUCCUGAAGAUAUGUACUACCUUGUUGAUUCUGGUUAUCCUAACCGGGUGGGAUAUCUAGCUCCUUACAAAGGGACAACCUACCACCUUGCCGAAUUUCGGUCUGUCCGCCGCCCACCGAGUGGUAAAUUUGAGGUGUUCAAUUAUCUUCACUCUUCUCUUCGGAAUGUGAUUGAACGCACAUUUGGUGUGCUCAAGCAGAAAUGGCGCAUCCUAAGGGAUGUGCCACACUUCAAGGUGGGAAGUCAGACGAUGAUUAUCAGUGCUUGUAUGACGCUUCACAAUUUCAUCAGGGACAGCAAGCUACGCGAUAAAGAGUUUGAUAAAUGUGAUGAUAAUGAAAAUCACAUGCCUGCAGUCUCACGGUCAACACCUUUGCUUGGCGAUGUCGUUCCCACUUCAUCCGAUGAAGGCAACAUGAACGACACGCGAGAUAGGAUUGCGAGCUCUUUGUUUAUUGCGCGACAAGCUACAUAGAUUAGUAUUUGUACGGACCUCUAAUUAUAUGUAUGGAUUAUUAGUUAUAUGGAUGAUCUAAUCCUUUAGCUCUCUUUUGUACGGAUUAUUAGUUAUAUGGACUAUCUUUUGUAUUGUAUGGGAAAUUGUGACUUGUAUAUAUGAGCAAGAAAGUGAGAAAAUUAUUAU